CACUGCUUCUCUCGCUGCGCUGGACAGAGUCUCUCACUCCCCACCCCGACUCGCUACGAUUCACGUUCACCGUCGUCGAUUUCCUCUCCUGUGGUUCUAAAGUCGCCGCUUACUAGCAACUCGUAUCAGGUAGCGCUUUGAGUUAGCGUUCCCCUUCGUCGAAUAUAGGCCAUGGAUCCCACUCGUGGAACGGACGCUGCUGUCGCUGCUCACUGUGCAGCUGCACGAUCAUGUCGCUCGACCUCUCGCGCCGGCAGGGAAUCUCCGCCUCGCAGUUCGUCAGCACCGUCAGCCUCGCGCCCAAUCUCACGUCUCUUCAGGUCGCCCUUUCCGGCACAGACCUUAUCACGGACGCCUUCAUCGCGCUGAUCGCACAAGUGUGUCCCCGCCUCGAGCGCCUAUCGCUGUUCGACAACCUGCGCUAUGGUGGUGCUGAGCACCACGUGUGGACCUGAAGGACCUCUCGCUUGCCUGCCCGCCCUCCGUCAC